UGUACAAUUUGUGCGGUUUCAAUCUUGUUGAUGUUCAUUUGAUAACGCAAGAUGUGAAUUGGAUCAAGUGAAAUGAAGAAAAGUUGACGCAAGCGCCAAAGGGGGUGGCAUACGCCGCGCCCCUGUUUCGAGACUGGUAAAUUUCACCAAAACAAACCAGUGAGCAUGGAUGCUAGGAACGAGUAGCUGUUAGAGAUUCAUCGUUCUUCUCUUUCCCUUUACAUCAUUCAUCGAUAGCGAUUUAGUCAACAUGAGUCCUGGACUUGGACACGAUCCUCUUCCCUCGUAUAAUAUCACCGCAUUAGGUAACACGGCAUUAUGUUUAUGGCAGCAACCGCAGCAUAUAUUAUUUCAAUUGGCGAAUUUUUGCUUUGUGUUGUCAUAUUCGGCGCCCUCCUCUAGAAAAGGGAUAUUAUUCAUGCAUUCUGUUUUAAUAAUAGGUUUUAUGUUAUUAUCUGGUUGGGCAUGGCACGUGAUUUGCGCACCGGAUAUUUUCUCUUGGAAUUUUAGUUUCUUGGUGCUAAACAUCGGUCAAUUGGUUUAUAUCGUUUAUCAAAUGAGACCGGUCCGUUUCGAUCCUGAAUUAGAGGAAGCGUAUCAUACGCUUUUCUAUCCCUUUAAAGUAUCUCGGCUGCAAUUUAAAAGAUUGGUAUCUCCAGAAUUUGCAUCGAUAAUGUCUUUGCACGCUGGUGAAGCGUACGCAAUGCAAAAUUUAACGCGUACCGACAGAUUGGGAUUAUUGUUGAGCGGCAAAGUGAAUGUUCUUAGUGAUUCGAAUUUCUUACAUCCUAUUCUGCCUUGCGAAUUUUUAGAUUCACCCGAAUUCGAAAGUUCUCGAGCAUCUGUCGAUGACAAAUUUAAGGUGACGAUUGUUGCCGCAAGCUCGUGUAGAUAUUUAUAUUGGCAAAGAUCUGCAUUAGAAUAUCUUUUAGUAAAAGAAGCAUAUCUUGCGACAGUUUUAACAACGCUGGUUGCCAGAGACAUCGCAACAAAAUUGUACGCUAUGAACAAUAAGAUUGUUACAGAUAAAGGAUCACAUUUGGAUAUAAGACUUCCAACGAUCAGUGCAGGAUUAACGAUAAGCGGUGAAUAUAGAAGUCCAAGAGCAUCCAGACAAGCAUUGAUUCGUAGAAAAGAAUCAUCUUCCGAUAAUGGUAUUUCUAAUUUAAAAGAUCGUCCAGCAAAUAAUCUGUCGAAGAAAGGAGUACCAAACAUGGAACCUCUUCCUGAAAUGCCAUCCUGUGACGAUUUGGCAUCAAGUGGUGUGGAAAGUUGGUUAGAUUCAUCGAGCAAGUAUCACAGUUGCGAGAUUGUGGACGAAGAAUAGCAGGAAGCUUCCUUAACGCCGGACACAUUUUACGAAGAAGACAGCGAUUAGUGUCCGCGUUAAGGUAUUGCAUAUUAAAAUGAACACUUUAUAUUUUUAACAAAAAUUAUACAGAAACAAUAAUUCGAUCUAUAUAAAAAAAAAAACUCUUUUUUAAAUUUUUUAAAUUAUUCAAAAAUUAUUCAAAAGUGCUGUUUAUUACGUCUUUGGAUCUGUGAACGAUACGAAUGAACAAAUUAAUCAAUUUGACAAACGAAACAUUUUUCACUUAUAAAAUCUGGAAAUCUUAUCAUAACAUUUUCAAAGAAAUGCCGUUUCAUUUGCACAAAUAUAGCUUGAAACAAAUAAAUUAUAUUUUACUUCAUAUAACAAUAUAUAAUUAUAUUAAGUAGAUAAAACUAUUUAAAGUUGUAGUAUGAAAGAAAAAAAAAUCAUAGAUAGCCUAAGUGAAUGAACACCAAGUGGAAUAAAGAUAUAAUCUCUAAUUCGUAAAACGAACGGAUCCUAUAAUGUUUACUCGAACAAUAAAAGUGGGUCUACAUUUACUGUAUAUCAAAUCAUGUGGAUGGAAAGUGUUGCCUAUUAAAAUAUAAUAUGUUAAGAUACACCCACCUUAAGACGCAUCGAAAUCUCAGGUGUAGUGUUCAAAAUGCAUUUUUAUGAAAUUUAUGAAAUUUAAUAAAUUGACGUACGUGUUAUAAUUUCAUUUAUUUUUAAAAUGAAUUUUCAAGAAGCGUUUUCACGUAAAUUUUUUAAAUUUCAAAUAUAUGUAAGUUACAAUUUUGAGAAAUAAUAUUAAGAUACCGCGAAUAUGGAUGUAACUAUCGUGAUAUUAACAACCUUGUUAAUCCAUAAUCCAUUGUGGCUACACAAUUAACAUAACGAUCAAACAACUACAGUUAAUUGCGUUUAAGUGCUUAUUAUAUAAUAAGAUAUUUAAAGAUAAAUUAUUAUCAUUUAAUUACAUCGCGCGAUAAAGAUUGAGAGUUUAUAACUGUUCCUUAGAUAAAUGCACGAAUUAUUUUAUAAACAAAAUUUUCUACUAAUUAGGAGCUUUCGUAGAUCACUGUACAAAUCGUUUGUUUUUGUCUAUCAUUAAUGUAUGUUGUAUAAUAUGGUGAAUAUUUUUUAUAGGAGAUAUUUGUUUGCGAAAUUCAUAUACACAUAUAGUUAGAAUUUUAUAGCGAUUUUAAAGUGUAAUUGUACGUAUUGCACAUAUAUAUAUAUAUAUAUAAAACAAAUGGAAAAAUGUUGAUACAAGUUGUUGCAAUUAAGAUUAAGCGAUUAUACAUAUAUACAAGGAUAAAUGCACGAAGGGCUUUGUAUUUUAUAAUGCACAAAUUUAUAUAGAAUGCAUAAGUGCAUAUUGUAUACAAUCCUAUAUAAGAAAAAUAUUUUAUUUAUCUUUAAUGUUUUCUUUUUAAAUAUUUUUUUUUAUUGCAUUUUAUCUUUUGACAAAGAAUUUGUUUUAGGAUUUUGUUAAGAUUUUUAUGUUUUCUUUCAAAUUCUACGAGAUAUAGAUUACUAUUGAAGGUACUAUUUAUUGUGAAUUUUUUAUUAAAAAUGUUUACUCGAUUUUAUAAUAUCUGCGUGUUUGUAAUUUAUAUGCUAAACUAUAUAAAUAAUUAAUAAGAGCAGGGUCUGAUGUAUAUAUACAUUGUUAAUUUUGCACACAACGUAGCAUCACACUGAUGGCAAUAUGGAGGAACGAUCGAUAUGAUCGAGAUAGUUUGUAGUAUUUAAAUACGUGUUUUGUACAAAUUUUAAUUACUAUUUUCUUGUUGUCAAUGAAUACAAUGAAUGAGAACGAAAA